CCUCCCCCCUCCCGUCUCUGGACCGUCCCUGUGGACUGUCGUAGUAAAGAAAGUGACGUGCUAAUGAGGUAAUGUGUUGUCGAGAUUUGACUGAUUUAGAGGGAAGAUCACUAAAAUACUCCCUCUUAGAUGGGCGCAAAAAUCAACGUUCGUUUGGGACCUCAUACAAUGAUGCAAAUCAAAAGAGGAGGUUAUGUCAGUACUUAUGCUAGAGAGGAAGAAGAACAACACAGAAAAAUGACCUUAUCUAUCGAUAAACAACAAGCAGAACGUUUAUUAAAAAAUAGUGAAAAUAAUAUGGCUGAUGGUGAAGCUAUUAAACAUUAG